AUGUUCGGCACAGCUACUGCUGCAUAUCAAGUCGAGGGUGCGUAUAACGAAGGUGGACGGACCCCGAGCAUAUGGGACGAAUUCUGUCGUGAUCAGCCUGGUAUGCUGUGCGCCAACGUAGCUGACGACUUCUACCACCGCUACCCGGACGACUUGAAUCUCAUGCAGGACGUGGGGCUGCAGUCUCUGCGAUUCUCCAUCUCCUGGUCGCGUGCUAUGACUUGGGAUCCAGAGACCCGCCGCAUGCGUCCGAACCCGGAGGGUAUAGCGUUCUACCACGCGUUGAUUGACGCUAUGAGCAGUAGGGGUGUCGUUCCGAUUCUGACAAUCUACCACUGGGAUUUACCGUCCGCUUUAAUGCACGAGCUCACUCCAAAUGGCUGGCUCAGUCCCGAGAUCGUGGACCACUACGUUGAGUACGCGGCUCUUAUGUUUCAAGAAUACGGCCACAAGGUCGACUACUGGACGACGUUCAACGAGCCACUUGCGUUUGUCGGCUACAGCUAUGGGACGGGGAUGUUUGCACCUGGACACAAAAGCUCAUCUACGGAGGCAUACACCGUCUCGCGCAACGUUCUUGUUGCCCAUGCGAAGGCAGUCCAGAAAUUCCGCGAGUUUAAAACGAAUCACGUUGUAGGCGACAAAGCUCGUAUCGGAAUUGUCCUCGUAUCUGCGUACUUCUACCCGCUCUAUUCGCACAAUCCCCGUGACGUUGCUGCUGCGAAGCGUGCUCUUGACUUUGACUUCGGCUGGUUCCUCGAGCCGAUCAUUACCGGCGACUACCCUGCGGUCAUGCGUGAGCGUGCCGGAGAUCGUCUCCCCAAGUUCACCGAGGAGGAGUCUGCACUACUCAAGGGCUCGUACGAUAUCCUGAUGAUGAACCACUAUUACUCCAAGGUAGUCACGGACUGCGACUCGGAGGCUUCUCUGACGCCGUGCUCGUCACUUACCGUCGGUUGGGAAGCUGACAAGGGCGUCGACGAAGACCACAUGAUGUCAGGAACAAUGCAACCUCGCCCGGAUAAGUUCGGUAACAACUACUGCGGCCGCUACACAGGCUACCCGCCCGGAUACCUGGACAUGAUCCGGUACCGGCACUCGCAUGACCCGACCGUCGACAUCCUAUUGACGGAAAACGGAUGGUGUGGAAAUGAGGAAGUGGAGAAUUGGGACCAACUCCGUUACUAUAAGGCGUUCGUCGAACAGGUACAUAAGGCCGUCGUGGAGGAGAAAAUCCCCGUCGUCGGCUACACGGCAUGGUCGUUCCUGGACAACUACGAGUGGGGCUCCUAUGGCCCGCGCUUCGGACUCUACUAUGUCAACUUUACUAAAGAGACUGGCUCGCCAAACUUCGACAAGCCAAAAUCGACAGAUCUGGAGCGUGUUCCUCGUCCAGCGGCUAAGUGGUUCCACAAGGUCGCCACCACCAAAUGUCUGGACGGCUGGGAUGAACUCGAGCUUUCUGCGGGCAGCUCCAUUGCCCACCCGGCGGAACACCUCGGCUUCUCGGCUCCCGUUAUUGUCAUCGCGGCGAUGGCUCUUAUUGCUGCUGUGGUCACGUUCAAGCGCCGCCUCGGAUACCAACGCUUACCUCAAGCCGUAUCCAGCUAA